AUGGACCGUUCAGGAUGGACAGCAUCAGAAGCAAUGGAAUGGAAACAGUGCAAGAGGCUUCGACAGCACUGGGAGGGUCAUUGGCAGGACUUUCUGAAACCACUCCAGCCCCCUUGCUUGGUACUGAGGAACCCACCGCCAGUGGAGCCUGAAUUGUGGGAUGAUACCAAGGCCUUCUUGGCCUCCUUCGAACAAGUUGCAAAAGCCUGCCAGUGGCCCAGGGAAGAGUGGGUGGCCCGGCUUCUGCCGGCAUUGAAUGGAGAACCCCAGCAGGCCUUUGGCAGCCUGGAGGCCAGAGACAAGGAGGAUUAUGGGAAAGUGAAGGCGGCCAUCUUGCGUGGGGAAGCUAACCGCAUGGAAACCCUGCGCCAGCACUUCCGACAGUUCCGCUCAAGGGAGGUGGAAGACCCGAGACGGAUUUACAGCCAGCUACAGGAGCUUUGCCACCAGUGGCUGCGGCCGGAUAGGCACUCAAAGGAGCAGAUCCUGGAGCUGCUGAUCUUAGAACAGUUCCUGGCCAUCCUGCCACCAGAGCUGCAGAGCUGGAUCAGAGCCAGUGGCCCUGAGAAUUGCACCCAAGCUGCAGCCCUGGCAGAAGAUUUCCUCAUGAGCCAGCAUGGGGAUGAACUGGGGAUGUGGCAGUUUCAGGUGCCAUUGCGAGAGAUGCCAGUGAAUUCCUUGGAGGCAGAAGAUGCUCCUUUGGGCUCCUCACAGAGUCAGAUCCAGAAUGAGAAAGAUGAUGUGGAACUUUUUUCAAUGGGUAUGGGAAUGACAGACCGCAUGAUCCGCAGCCCGUCACUUCCUCCAGAAAGGCAAGAAAUGGCCAGUGCUAGGAUGAUUGAGGGAGCUGUGAGUUUGAAGGCUGCACCUCUGUCAGUAGAUGAGGCUCAGGAGAUUGUCCUAAAUCCUUCUGAGAAACCUCUGAGGUGGGAAGUCACCCAGGAGAACUUGGGGGAGGUCGUCUCUUCAGGAGGCCUCGUGAUACCCAAACCACAGAACAUCUCCCAUCUGGAACAAGAGAAAGUGAAUUUUGUCCUGGGCUGCGACGACAGUGUGGCUUUUCCAGGUGUUGUGGAGCCUGCUAAGAUCGGUAUGAAUUCUGAGCAGGAAAAGACUGAGCCGGUGAAAAUGCACAGUCAGCUUCCGGGAAUAGAGCAAGGGGAGAUUUAUUGGGCUGAGAUGUGUCAGCAAAUGUAUGACUCUGAGGGGCAACAUGGAAGAAAGGAGCCAGAAGAGGCUCCGAACAAAUCCAUGGAGCUGGCACAAGACCCUAGGAAUGCGCAACAAGCUACAGUGGACCCACAUGCCAAUUACGACUGCUAUUCUAGGCCAUUUAAAAACCCAAGGCACUGCUUGGAAGAGAACCUUCCCAGUAUUACAGAGCCUGGGGGGCAGUCUCAGAGAAAAGCCCGACAGAAAACAAUAGCGAACCCAGACCUGAAACUAUACGAAUGUUCAGAGUGUGGGAGAUGCUUUCGCCUCAAGGCUAAACUGGCCAGGCACCAACGGAUUCACACUGGAGAGAAGCCUUAUGAGUGCACCCACUGUGGGAAGACAUUCUGUCGGAGCGAUGGCUUACUUUCCCAUCAGAGAUCUCACACAGGGGAGAAGCCAUACAAGUGUUUUGGUUGUGGGAAAAGCUUUCGAUGGAGGAACAAGUGGCUCGCGCAUCUGAAAAUCCACACAGGAGAGACGUAAUGGAAUCCACAAGCACUUGUGGCAGGUGGAGAGGGGACAGGGCCAAAAAGAGAAGGGGACACUUAGGAGUGAACGUGUGUGCAGACCUACAGAACAUUUGCACCAUGCCAUGGUUUUCUUUCCUCUUCCAUGCAUCCACUACACUCAUAUGAAUGUUUUCCUUCUCCCAAUGCCUUCCCAUUCUCCAUCACUGGGGGUUUUAGUCAAACAUCACAAACCAACUCCAGUUCCUUUGGAAAGAAAACAAGCCUGUUUUAUUCACUGGUUCCUGUAUUUCCUCUGGCUCUGAUCCUCCUCUCAUGCACGGAGCUAUGAUUGAAGACUUUCCUCAGCUAAGAGCUUCCUAACCACAGUUAGAUAUGGUAUCUGAAAUUUUGGGUGCUUUGAUAUAUUUGGUUUAUUAGCCCACAAAUCUAGAUUCUAAACGGUAUGUUACAGCUCUGGUUUGCAGGUGAAAAAGAACUGCCCCCCCGCCACUCAGUUCACUGAAGGACUCAAAUUUGGAAGUCCCACUGAAUCGUCAUUGCGAUCGAAGGCUUCCUUAACCAGGAAUCUUGGCACCACGUGCAAGAAAAUGGGGGAUGAGAAUGAACUGGGCUCAUUACCUAAACUAUAGUUUGUCUCCUUGUAGUGCUGGGUAGAUUCCAGCCACUUCUGUCCAAGCAUCCAUAGUGGCAGAGUUGUGUGGGCAAAAGAAAGGUGUGCUUGUCCGAUGAGUGGCCCCUUUUGAAAGCAUCACUGUGCAUGUGUGAACUUGAAACUUACACACAUACACUAACUUGAACAGUGUGAGUUUAGUCCCACCCCACCCCUUCUACCUUCUUGGCAGAAAUAACUGCUCUCUCGUACAGCAUUCUUAAACUCUUCCAUGUGUAAUGUGUAAAGAGAUUAAAUUUUAA